AUGUAUCCAAAAUCAGACGUCACAGUCGACGCCACGAAGUUCGAUCGCAGCGGCAUCGACAAACAAACCCUGGAGUUCAACGAGAAGUUGAUUAAGAUCUGGGCGGAUGGACCGCGGUGGUAUGAGGUCGGCGCAGCAGCGUACCGCCAGAUGCGCUGGGAAGGCAAAACCCCCUUACCCAAACCCGUCGUACUUCCCGAAGGUUUCAACGGCACGCUCCCUUCUCGAGACGCAGGAAGGGAGAUACCGUAUAGGGUGUUUAAACCGAGUGGAGGGGAUUUGGGUGGAUGGGUGGAUAGAGACGGGAGGGGAAGGGAGGGAAAGGGGAAUAUGGGUAUUGGGAUUGGUAAUAAGGCUGACAUGAACAACAGCCAAGACCCAUACCUAAAAUACAUGACCGACCACUUCGAAGUAACAGUCGUAUCAAUCGGAUACCGGCUCGCGCCCGAAGACCCCUGGCCCGCUGGCGCAGAAGACUGCUAUGACGCUGCGGAAUGGCUGGUGAAGAACGGUCCGGAGGUGUUUGGUGGGGAAUUGAUGUUUACGGGUGGUGAGUCCGCAGGCGGCCACCUCGCCUGCCUCGUCGCCUUCCACCUCCUAAAAACGCUCCCCACAUUCUCCUUCCGCGGCCUCCUCCUCCACUUCGGCUGCUACGACAUGUCCUCCUUCCUGCCCCACGUCCUGCACCACGAAUCAUCCCUCGUAAUCGACUACGACGUGAUGAAAUCCUACAUCGACGCCUUGCUCCCCAACACCACGGAAGCGGAGCGCCGCGAUCCGUCGAUAUCACCGUUUUGGCAGGAUCUGAGGGGAAUGAAACUGCCGCCGGCGCUGUUUACGUGUGGGAGUGAGGAUCCGUUGUUGGAUGAUAGUGUGUUGAUGGGGGCGAAGUGGGGGAUGUGGGGGGCGGAGAGUGUGGUUAAGAUUUAUAGGGGGGCGCCGCAUGGGUUUAUUGGGUUUCCGCCGGGGACUAUUAAGGCGGUGCAGGAGGUGCUUGAUGAUACUGAGGCGUUUGUUAGGGCGAAGAUGGGGGUGUAA